GCCCCGGCCCCGCCCCGCGGCCCGACCCCACGGAGAACAGACAGACAGCGGAUCAUGUGACAGCAACAGUGUCUAAACGACAGAGCCGGAGAGAGAGAGACUCACACACUCACUCACUCACACAAACACACACAUUCACAGAGAGAGGGUGAAACUCACACAGAGAGAGAGAGAGAGAGAGGGAAGGAGUUUCGUAACUUGUGGAAGUUUUGUGAAUCCAUCGAUCAGUGGACUCGGUCUCGUUGUUUUUCUGAUGUCAGUGACACAGCCGAGCGUCGCCUGCGUCACUUCUUCUCCUUAUUGAGUUUCUUCUUUACCGUCCAGUAAAGCAACACUUCAACUCCAGCCUCUCACCAAGGAAUAGACCGUGUCCUUCAUCACAGAGGUAAGUUUGAUAGUAACCUGAGUCUGUUUUUUCAGUGUGACCCCCUGACAGGUUUGAUCUCACUGAGAUGAGCUGUGGUGGAGCCUCUGGUUGUUGUGUGGUUUUUAAAGAUAGUUGUGGUUGUAGAUUUGUUGUGUUAAAGUUAUUAAGAGGAAGAGAGAAAGUCCAUAAAUCCAGUCUUGUGGGACUGUUGUAAUGAGAUCAAGCUGCUGGUGUUUGAUUAAUUACCCUGACUGGAUGCUUAUUUAUAGUUUGGUGAGGAAAUCAAAGUUUCCAUGUCAGACUUUUUUUUUAUUUUUUUGUGUAAAACUGGAGAAUUUGAGUGUCAUAUUUUAUCUUGGUGACUAAUGAUCGCAGAUAACUGAUGUAACCCAACAGGAAGGCGGUCGAGUCAGUACUAGAUACUAUUUAUAGCCUUUAGAGCCUUUUUUAGUGCGUGGGGUUUAAUUUAUUCAAAUUAAAUACGGGGUCAAAUACAGGUUGGUGAGAGUGUUUCAUAAAGAAAGAGAGAAAUAGAAGUUUAAACUGUAAAAACAUGUGAUUUUUUUAAAGGAGGUCUAGACUUGGAGACUUUUUAUACAACAGUUCCUCCUAUCUUUCUGAAGUUGAUAAGUCGCCUGUAAAGUUUUUAUCGUGUCAUUAGAAGAGUUUCAUUCAGUCAUUCUUGAUAAAACAAGUUAAGGUUUAAGUGAUUGUUAAAAUUAUUUUGGACGGGCUGAAUCUGAUCUAAAAUAAACUAGUGUGUGUGUGUGUGUGUGUGUGUGUGUGUGUGUGUGUGUGUGUGUAAGAGACGAACAGAUGGCCAUCAGUGAUACUGCUCAGUGUCAGAGCUGUUAAAGUUACACACAUGUGACAGGUGUGUCUGUGUGUGCGGAUCCGAACCUUCAAUCACACCUGAGUGUCUUUGUCUUUUCAAUGCAUCCUUCACAAUACACAUCUCUCUCUCUCUCUCUCUCUCUCUCUCUCUCUAUGUCUCUCUCUCUGUCUCUCUCUCUCUCUCUGUCUCUCUGUCUCUGUGUGUUUCUGCGUCUCUGUCUCUCCCUGUUUCCUGUGCUUUGUUUCAAGGCUGAGGCUUGCGUCACACAUUCCACUUGGCAUAUGAAGCCCUUAUCCUGUUUAGAGCUGAGAGAGAGAGAAAGAGAGAGAGAGAGAGAGAGAGAGAGAGAGAGAAGGGAGGAGAGAGGGAUGUGGAUGUGGGGGGUGAAUGGGUGGAAUGAGGGCGACCUCUCUCAUUCGACCUCUUUUCUUACAUUACGCUCGUCUCUCACUCCUAAGAAGUUUUAUAAAGGAUGAGUUGACGUACAGUUUGACCUGAUAUUUUACUUUUUUAAUUUUAUUUAUUUUUGGUUUAUUUAUUUGUCUCUCAGUUGGGCUGACACACUUCGACACAAACACACCAAAUAUCCCACCCACUCCUACACCUUUUUUUUUUUUCCUGAAACAACACGCUGAUGUUAUCUGGUGGAACAAAAUGCGCCGGAGUGUGAACACACACACACACACACACACACACACACACACACACACACACACACACACACAGAGCUCAAAGGGCACAUCCCAGGGAACAUUGGGGCUAAACAUUAAACUCCCGGAUGCUGAACACUUGUUGAUUCUCCUUCAGAGGUGAAGAGAAUUAGGACACUCCGCUCCACAGACAGCCAUGAAUGUAAAAAGCUGUAACUUGUUACACAACGCCACAUGCCUGCCAGCACACGCAGGCACAUACACACUCAUGUUAAACGCACACACUCGAGCAGUGUGUCUUUGAAAACCGCUGGAUUGAGCCACUGUGACUCUUUCUCACCGCUGGCCCCCUCCCCAUGUUUGAGGUUCAUUGAAGUUUUGUCAUACUUCGGUUGAAACCCACUUCGGUUUCUUCCCCAUUUUCUGUCUCCCGCUUGUUCUUUCCACUUCCAUUUUGACAUACUUUGGUCAAAUUGGCUGUUUUCUUUGCCUUUUCGCUCUCCGUCUCCCUCCCUCUCUCUUUUCAUUCUUUGGGUAAGGAGGUGAAGUGUGUGUGUGUGUGUGUGUGUGUGUGUGUGUGUGUGUGUGUGUGUGUGUGUGUGUGUGUGUGUGUGUGUGUGUGUGUACGUUGAGGGGGAGUGAGUAGACAGGAAACCACAGGCCCCCCGCAGCAGCACCCCUCAUUUGGCUUCACUCUCCUCCUCCUCCUCCUCCUCCUCCUCCUCCUCCUCCUCUUCUUCUUUACACCCCCCGACCCAUCACGCAGUGUGGAAAUAAUAACAGUCAGACUAAACUCAGAGGGCUUCCGCUUCUCUCUCUCUCUCUGGCAGCCUCACUCGUUCUCUUCUUCCCGCUGUCGUCGGUCGUCUGGAAAGACUCAAAACUUUGCUCUCUUUGACAAGUACAGUUCGACGUGUACAUGUGCGAGCGCGUUUAUGUCUGCGUUUGAGCCUCAGCGUGUCUUUAAAUUGUGUGUGUGUGUGUGUGUUUUCAUGUAUGUGUGAUGAUGGAUCCUGUUUCCUCUCCCCCACUGACGGCCCCCUCUGGCUUCCCCCUGAGGUCUGUGAGCCUGCAGCCCCACAGUCUGCUGGAGAGGAGCUGAGAGGGGCUACGUGAUUCUGUGUGUGUGUGUCUGUGUGUGUGUGUGUGUGUGUAUCUAUGUGUUUGUGAGCGUGUUUUGGGGGAGUUAAAGAAGAGGAGGAGCUCAGAUGAGGGAGUAAGAAGCCAAAAUUUAAGGAUAGGGGGCGUCAGCAGGGGUCUUAAAGUGAGAGGAGACAGAGCUCAUAAGGCCUCAUUAGGGGGCUCAGGACUAUGAAGUCGAGUUUAAGGCUCAAAUUAAAGAAGUAAAGGGGUACAGUAAGGGAGGAACGCUUCAAGGUAGAGAUAAUCUGAUAUCGGCAUAUUAUUAUUAGGGUCUCAGGUGUCAGGAAGAGUGACAGUCAUUCUAGAUUAAUCAGCAAUAAAGAACAUAUUCACGUAAUCAUAAUCAUAAUGGCGAAAUAUCAGUAAUUGUCAAUUAUGCUGGUUUGGAAAAGUAACUUUACUAAGAUGGGACAAAAUAUACAGGAGUUUGUUGUCCUGUUUAGUCCUGGUGUCAAUAAUAUUUGACUUUAAAUACAACAUGUCACUCUGAAUAGACAUUAUUCAGUGAGUUACCACCUCAUGAUUCCUCCCAGUUGUGUCAAUGACAUCAAAUCUGCUCUCAACCUUUGAGAUAUCAGGAUGUGUCGUCAUGUUGUUGUCUUGCAAUUUGUCACGAGAUCUCUCUCUGUGGCCUCACCUUGUCCUGAUUUAAGGCGGUGUAUUAGGGAUCACUUUAUAGCAUAUUGUGUCAUUGACCAUUCUAUCAUCAUAUCACAUCUGGUGAUCGACCGAUUUAUCGGUUGGCCCCGUGAUCGGGCUGAUAAAUGGCAUUUUGAGAUCAGCAUUGGCCCUUAAAUGGCCGAUAUCAACAUUUUCUUUCCUAAUGAAAAAUCCACUUGACAAUAUAUGACUAGUGUUUACUCCAUUUCUGUUAUGAAUUUUAGAACAAUACAGUUUAAUAGUAACAUUGAUAUUUACCAUGUAUAAAUGUUUUGUACUGAUUUCAGAUAGGUUAGCAGAAAUACAGAAGUACCUUAUGGCAGUAUAUUACCGAGCCAAAUACUUUUUCAUUUACAUUUGUGUCAUAAAACAAUCAUGGAGUUCAGCAACAAUGUUUCUGAUUUGUUUGAAUAAUUACAUUGAAAAAAACUGACCUGCUCUCUCAUUAUCAGUGUCUGUAUCAGGCCUAAAAAACUGAAAUCCAAUAACUGAAUAAUAUUAAAUUAUAAGGUAUCAAACAAUAUUGUACCAUUUUGUAUCAUAUUGGCUCAUGUUGUACAGUAUGCUGUUAUAUUGUCGUAUCGCAUUGUUUUGUGUGUGUGGGAACCAUAGACUGUAUAUAGAUUGGACACCGUCUGCCUCCUCGCUGGCUGAAGCCACCCUGAGAACAGCACCCUCUGGUGACGGGCUGCAGUAUAGGUCAUAAACCCCGCCUCCUCCAGCAGUCUCUAUGGAGCUGUGGACAAAAUUUAGAAAUUUAUUACACAGAUUAUAAGAUUUUCCCCCCUGGUUGUGAUGUUGACAUGUAGUUACUGUCAGACUGUUUUGUGCUCAAGUCCUCUUUUUUCUGUACAGCUCCGUUUUUAAAAGUUAAAUGUUUUCUAUGAUUGACACUUGCUACAGUCUAUGGGUGUACGAAGAUUGCGUAGCUCACCUGGGGGACACGCUGCUUGAGCCGAGCGUCAUCACAGCGACUCUCCCAUCGAAUGCGUUCAAUGCUACUGUGCAAUGUUGGUUUCAGGAGGUGGAGAAAAAUCCUGGAAAUACUGAGAGCUUUUCGGCUUCAAAUCCGUAUACUGGCAGAAGGCGGAAACAAGUUGUCCAUAUACAGUCUAUGGUGGUUAUAAUACUGUAAUCUAUCACAUCGUACCAUACUGUUUAAACUGUAUCAUAUCCUACACUGUUCUAUCAUGCGGUAUCAUGAUAUGUAAAGUAUUAUAGGUUCUUGAAAGAGGUGCAGAUUUGAGUGAGCCACAGCAGCCAGAUCAGAGUGAGGUGCUCAGGGAACAACAGCUUAGACUUGAAGACUCGAAGAACAAGUUAAACGCUGAGUUAUUACCCUGCCACCUUCAUGAGUGGCUUGAGUGGGACUGUAAAUUAAGAAUAAUCCCUGCGUUUCCUAAGGGGUGUAAAAAGGUAACGCAUUAUGAAAAGCUUCACUUGAGAUUCUACAAGCGGGGCGAUGAAUUUGUCGACGGAUGGCUGAUUGAACAAUUUGUCGUUUAGAAGUGCUGCUGGAUUUCAAACUGUCGAGGUAAAAAAGGGGAGUUAAAAACGGCGUAAGAGUCGGAAACAGCGAACUGUAGGUUUGAAGUGUGCGUGUGUUUGUAUGUCUACUGCAGCGUGUUCUUGGACAAAGCUGUUGUCUAGAGGUUUCUGCUCUCUCUGGUGAUCUCAUCAUCUCCAGCCUGUUACCAUUACAGGGUUUGUGUGUGUGUACGUGUGUGUGUGUGUGUGUGUGUGUGUGUGUGUGUACAGCUCUGCAUGUGUCUGUGUAGGUUUGAGCACAUUUGUGUGUCUGUAAUAAUUUUUUCGUGAUUUAUCGUGUGUAUUCUGUUGAGCCAGCAGAAACUUGUUGUGCAGCUCCAAGUGUGUAGAAGUACAUAUAUCUGUGUGGUUGUGUGUGUGUCUGUGUGUGUCUGUGUGUGUGGUUGAGUCAGUAGCCAGCGACUCCACAAGCCACAAUAUUUUCCCCUUCAGUCAUGGUGUUUUAUAUCAUUCAUAGAGAGGGAGAGAAAAGGAGUGUGGGGUGGUGUGUGGUUCAGAUAAAACCAGUGGUGAAGAAAUGAGCAAACGAUGAGGAAGGAGAGGAUCUGAAGUCCAAGGUUUGAGAGAGAGAGAGGGAGAGAGAGAGAGAGAGAGAGAGAGAGAGAGAGAGAGAGAGAGAGAGAGAGAGAGAGAGAGAGAGGGAGAGAGAGAGAGAGAGAGAGAGAGAGAGAGAGAGAGAGAGAGAGAGAGAGAGAGAGAGAGAGAGAGAGAGAGAGAGAGAGAGAGAGAGAGAGAGAGAGAGAGAGAGAGAGAGAGAGAGAGAGAGAGAGAGAGAGAGAGAGAGAGAGAGAGAGAGAGAGAGAGAGAGAGAGAGAGAGAGAGAGAGAGAGAGAGAGAGAGAGAGAGAGGUGUAGUACAUGUUUGCUGAGUGGGUUGGGGUUGAGUACACAGUAGCUCUACUGACCUAGAAGGACAAUAUUUGCAGACCACACUUGACAUGCACAAACAUACACCCAAAUGUUGAGUGCGCAGGGCAAAAAUGCUCCUCGACAACUGAGAUAAAGCUAAUUAUUCACCAAAAAGGUGCUUUUUUUUGUUACAGUGCACAUGAUCUCUGAUUUUACACGUCUAUCUGACAAAGCUUUUAAGUGUGACAACGGUCUGAUCUCUAUCUCUCUGAAUGUCACGGUUUCCUCUAUCUGAUCAGUUGCAACACUAAGUCAGUUUGAGGGGUCAAUGCGGUGUGCUGCAGUUUAUUUUCAGUUUAAGUACAUUGUAUAAUGGUGAGUUCUCUCCACCUCACUUUGCAUUUGUUUUGAAAAUGUCAGAAUUGGGAAAAAUGACCAUUAUUAUAAUUGGACUCAAUAUAUAAAAUUGUCUUGUUUUAACUACAUAGAAAUGAUCUCCCCACCUCUUUUUAUUUUGGGGUAAUUUCUUUUUUUAAAUGAAGAUGUUUAAUUUUCAGUUUGUGCAAAUGAGAGUUCAAGUCUCACAUUAGGAAAUCUUUAAAUAAGGAUAAAGUAUAAAGGAUGAAGUAGAGAAACAUAGCAACAAAGACAGACAGUUCAGUUCACUAAAUUAGCUCUAUCAUUAUAUAAUACAGAGAAUAUCAGAAAUUUCUGAGUCACAACAGAGAUACUGAAGUGAGGAAAUUUUUAGAUAUUUUUGGAUUGGUAAAAAUCAUAAAUUAAAAAGCAGUAGCCACUUUGACAUAGAUCUGAGCCACAGUAACCCAAACUGCCCUGUGUUUGUUCAAACAUAUGUCAAACUGAUGUAACUGACUGAUCUCCUGUAUAUGUAACAUGUUUUUGUGACUCAGAUGUAUAUGAAUCAGCUCCACCCUCUUGUUAUUAGUGCGUGACAGGUGAACUCUGAGGGGAAUGGUAUGUUCUCAAGACUGCAUGUGCUCUUUAAAGGCGGCGUACUCCCAGUGCUGCAGGGUUUGUUACACUUUUAGUGAGAGAUGAACUCUUGAUAACUGAGCUAAUUACAGCAUUUUUCUGUAGCAUGUGCACAUUAGAUAGAGAUGCACAUAUGUAACUGUAAAUCUGCCUCCAGCUGAGCCCUGGAGUGACAGGGUCAUUUGCAUAUGUUGUAUUUUAGUUCAAAAAGGGGCCCACACACAUCUAACAUUAUGUGUUUGAUGGAUGUUUUCAGCUUACUCGACUGGCUUGUCGAUCAGCUACAAACUCACCAAACCAAGUCAAUCGUUCAAUACGUUCAACUUUUGCAAAUCCAGAGGGUUGAAUAAUUUUGGCAGUUGUAAUGUAAAAAUAGUUAAUGUCCUCACUUUCAGAAGAAGGGAAGGGAACAACUGCUGCUCUGCAAAAACCAGAAGAAACUUUAUAGAAAAAUAAACACUCACUGCCACAAGGUGGUCAAACUGUCCAAAUUAGCAUUAGCAUUGGACACAGUAACAAAGGCGCUGUGAGCAGGCAGGGCAGAACAGCAUCAUUGGUGUGUGCAUGUCAUGCGUGUGUUUACAUGUUUGUGCCUCACAUUCUUCUGCAACACCAGGAUUCGUAUAAAGUUGGAUUUAUACAAAAGUACAGAAGCAAGAUGACAACAGAGCUUCAGUGUGUGGUUGCACUCUUUCAUUGGGAUAGGACGGCUGCAGAGACACAGGAAAUGUAGGGAGUAGAGAGCAGGGGAAGACAUGCAACAAAGAGUCAAGGCCUGGAAUUGAACCACCAAGGAUUACAUCCAUGAAACAUGGAGCAAUUGAACUGCUAUGUAGUUAGCAGCCCCACGUGUUUGAGUUUUACUGUUAAAAUCAAAGUUAGAGUUUGAUAAAUGUGCGUUUACGAGCCGUCUCCAGCAGCUAAGAGGACAAUGUGUCUUUUAAUGCACAUGGUUAUUAAGACAAAAUGAGUCAAGUUUUUACCACUGCAUUGUAAGAUAUUUUCAUCCAUCAUCUUUUUAUUGCUGCCUUCAGGACAAGUUGUUGUUGUUGUAGAUCAUAAAUGCACCAUAAAACACUUGGAAGUGUUUGCAAUAACAUUUGAUAAUUAUUGAAUACUAUUAAAUAGAGUCAUAAGGGAGAACACUGCGUUUUUGACCAAGAACAAACUGUGAAAUUUAAUAUACAUGUAUUUUUUUACACAUUAUGUCAAAUAACUUUAUGCAAUUUCAAAAACAAUAAACUGAAUUAUAACUUUAAGUCCAUGUUCGCCCUGACUGGUUCUGUUUCCUUGUUUUUUAUCAACCACAUUGGUAAGACCAGAGCUGCAGAACUUUGACUCUCACAUUAUCAGCUCUAGCCGUCUGGCCUUUUUGGUUAAAGAUUGAAUAGCUCUCCGGAAAAGCGUCUAAACACAGUCUGUGCGGGGACUUCCACAUUCAGAUGGAUUUCUUGGUCAUUUUAAAAUUGUUCAUGUGUGCCAGGAAAACACCUUCUUUCUGUGUUUACACUGUAAACUCAACAAGUGAGAAGCUGCUUCUUUUGUCUUUUUUCUGUUUCCUGAUCCCUCUGUUUGUGCUUCAUACCUGCUCUUAUUGUCACCUCUGUGUGUAAUCCACAACCACAAUAGAGCAACUGCUUGACCUCUAUUUGAACUACAGUACAAUGCAAACCCGGAUUAGAAAACACACCCUCAAAGAUAUAUGUACACACGAAUAACCACAUGCGCGUACACGAACACACACACACACACACACACACAGAGAGCCACCUACUGACUGCAGUUUCUCUGUUUCUUUGUUUCUCUGGAACCGGGCAAAGGGCGAGGCAUCAGUCGUCAUGUUCACACCCUUCCUGACCCAGCAAGCGAACAUCCUGCGUUGUUAUUGGACAAUCCCUACAUUGUGUGUGUGUGUGCGUGCGCGCGUGUGUGUGACUGUUAGGGUGUGACGCCCUGUGCUUUUGCCCAUUUGUUAAUAAUUAAAGGCUAACAUGUCUCCAGACUGUGGACUUUAAUCAGGUCAAACACACAUACAGACUCCCUCAGGGUGCAUUCUUUGACCGUCCACACUGCCUUUAAUGCUCAAGUACACACACACACCUAGACACACACACAAACACACACACACACACACACUCAUCUAAGCACAAACAGGGAAUCAUCACACCUGCACCUGGACAAGCAAAGGUAACUGGACCCACCUUUGAAACCUCACAAGCGUUUGAUCCACAUAUUCAGCAGGCCUCAGUUGGGUGUGUGUGUGUGUGUGUUUGUGUUUGUGUGUUUGUGUGUUAGUCUUUGACACUGUUUGGUGAAGGCAAAUCACACCUGUAAUGGCCCCACAGUCUUGUAAAGUAACCCAUCGUAAAAGUGUCCGCAGCCUCGUCUGAGAAGCAGGUGGUUUAGGGUGACACUUCACUACUGAUUGUAUUUUUCUCAACCUGACAAAUUGUCCGACGGUCAAAAGUGGUGGUGUGAGAAGAGAGGACUUUCUGUUGGCAGCUGUGAAAUGCAGAGAGGAGGAGAAGAUGUAUAAAGUCUGACAGAAAAGAUAUGUUUGCUUGUUGUCUGACUUGAUUUACUUGAAGAGGGGUUGGUCGGACGCCCUCAUACACAGACAAACACGCUGACGAAACUUUGCAGGCACCUGUAUUUAACUCCAGACCCCUGUCUUUUUGUUUCCUCCUGUGUGAUUUAGCUUUUAGCACCACUUAAUUGUUUGUGAGUGUGGUAGUUACAAAUACAUCAAACAUCUUUUCUUGUAUUUAAUCAUUUUAUACAUUAUUGGUUGUAUUUUAAAGGCUGGUUACAAAACAGAUUUAUAUGACUGUCUCCUCCUGAGCUACAAAAACAGAUUCACUAGUUCUGUGUUGUUGUGUUUAAUGCCUAAAACUGCUGCCACAGUGGACAAAGUGGCUGCUGAAACAGCCAUUGUUUACAUUUCCCACAGCAGAGAGUCUAAAAGAAUUACACAUUUAUCAAGUUUAAAGACAGCAUGUUUUUAUCAGGAAACACUACCUACACGUAACAAAAUCUGUGAAAUGAUAAGAUGUACAACUUUGUUCUCAGGGUCAUAAAAGUGGAGAAAAAAAAAUCCUCACAAAGGCUUGUAUAACAAAACUGAGAGGGCACUUUGAUUUUAUUGGCACAGUUAUUACCACUUCAUAUUUGUUUUAUGGAAAUGUAUAUUUUACUGCAAGGUAUAGAUAUGACAAUUUUAAAUAUUUACUUUUUGGGCUUUUAAUGUUUUAGUUUUUAUUUAAUGUCUAGAACUGAUAGAGUAGGGAACUUGGGUCAUAUUUGGGCCCAGGAGGAUAGCCUCUGUACAUGGGUUACAUAGAGGGCAUGGUUUAAGACCUGAGUCAAACAGCUGCUGUCCUUUUUCAUGUGUUGGAUUAAAAUACUUCAUAUACAUGGAAACAGUUUGAUUAAAAGCUCCAUCACUGAAACGUUUUCUUCCUCACUUCCCUCAUGGUUCUGACCUAAAUCAACUGAAGCAGCUCCUUUACAUGAGAAACUCUGCAUAUUAAUACUUACACUUAAAUAACCAAAUCACUUAUUUGUUAACCUUCGGUGUUUACGCUCUGAACCUACUCCAGUAUACUUUUUUUUUAAUGUUCUGUCAUAUAUAUAAAAAGUUUUAAUUUCUGAUUCUAUAUGUGUGUGUUUUAUUUUGUAGGAGCCUGGCCUGAGCAGCCAUGCUGAUGUAUGAUUACCCUCUGAAGACAGACAUGGAGACGGUAAGACGUGUGUGUGUGUGUGUGUGUGUGUGUGUGUGUGUGUGUGUGUGUGUGUGUGUCUUUGAAUAAAAUUAACUUUGAGUGAUUUUGUGUAAGUGUGUGUAUGUGUGUUAUUGUACUCCCAUCAUGCCUAAACAUGUUUUCGUAACCAUCUAGUUACUUUGACCUGAACACACACACUCACACACACACACUCACACACACACACUCACACACACUCCUGCUACGUGUCUAGACAGACUGGUUCCCACAUUCCAGCUCUUCCUGGACAAACAGGCUGCUGUACUGUGGACAUUAGCAUACAAUGAGUACAAACACUGCCAGGCAGCAGGCUAAUGACCACACACACACUCACACACCCACACACACACACACACACACACACACACACACACACUCACAGAUAUAACAGUUCUCCGCUCCCGAACAGAGCUGGGUUGAAGUUUUUGGCCGCUGUAGCUGUUUGUGUGACAGAAACAUGUUUCCCUGUUAUUCAACACAGAGCGGAUAUUUUUAACGGACUCUCUGCUCCUUUGUCCCUCUCUCCUGCUUCCUCCUUCUGCAUCCUCUCCUCUUCCUCUCUCACAGUCCUUCUACUCAUCAUUGGUGAAAACCCCGGAGCCAUACGGAGUCAUCUUCUCCCACCCUGCCCACUUCUACCACCCCUCACAGAUGCACGCCUUCGCCCAGUCCCAUUCACACACCCAGAUGGAGCCCGUGGACCUGUCAGUCAGCAAACGCCCCUCCUCUUCCUCCACCUCCUCUUCCUCCUCCCCUCCCUGCUCCUCUGCCUCCUCCCCCGCCUCCUCCUCACGCAGCUCCCCACCUUCUCCGUACAGCUCAGCGAGCCGGGCCUCCCCGCGCUGUUCCCCUCCACAUUCCCAGCUGCGGUCUUCGCCCUCACACACUCUCCCCACGCCCACUCCCUCGCUUCCUUACCCCACUAUGGUGGCUCCUCUGAUCGGAUCAGGAUCUGGGGUCAUCCAGGGGUCAGGGGUCAUGGUGUCCCCGGUUAUGGUGCCUCUGUCCGUCCUCUACCCCUCCCCUUCUUACCUGCAUCAGCCGAUCAUGGUGAGCCCACCAGUCACCAGUGAAGAUGAGCAUCAUCGAAGCAGAGAGCACAAGACAGGUGAAGACUCAAAUUACUUUUCACUCAUUUCAUUUUAACUUUUAGAUUUGAUCUGUUAGAUUUAAGUUUGUAACUACAGCAAACAACAAACAGCAAUUCACUCGCAAAAUAAACCCACUUGAACUCUGACAGGAAGAAAACAGUUGUCUACACAACUUCAUCAGCAAAGUUAUUUAAAGACCGACAAAAAAUAGUUUCUUUGGAAUCUAUAUUUUUGAACUGAAAAGGAGGAAGUGUGUUUUUAUUUCCUCUUUUAUUGGUGUAUACGUCUGUGGAGCUUCUUGCUUCUUAAGGAAGUCACGUUUUUUCACGUCCUGUUCUCUAACGUCAGACAGGAUUCACCUACAUUCAAAAUGUUAACCAGCUCUGAAUCUCCAAGAGAGAUAAAACCACUCAACAGACAGAUUUCUUUAACAAGUGUCUGUUUUUUUCUACCUAGAAGGACUUUUUAUUGCUUAUAAAUAGUAUAAAAAUCUACAAAUAGUCUGUUUAGAGCUGUGGUGAGUACUUUUUGAUGUGGUGGACAUCAACAGACACUUUUCUCUCGAACCAUCAAAGGUGAAUAAGACCUGCUGCAAAACAAUUGGUAUAAUAAUUUUGUUAACGCUGCAAAGGUGUUAAUGUCACAUCAGGCAGUUUAAAACAGUCAGUAAAGGAAAGAUCUUACGUUUUUUACUUUUUCCACAAUAAAUGUUCAUUUGUUAUUAUGAGUGGCUUUCAACCCUGCAUGAGACUCGGCUCCUGUUUUAGUGUUUUAUGGUUUGUUUUUAGUUAUUUGUUUCUAUUGUUUUUAAAUUAGUUUUUAAAAACAUUAAAACUAUAUUUUAAUUUUUAAUAUCUGCUUUUAUUUUAUCCAUUGUUUUGAUUGUUAUAAUCAGAAUCAGAAGGGGUUUUAUUGCCAUUGUCGAUGAACAGGAUUCACAGACUAGGAAUUUGUUUUGGUAUGAUGGUGCAACAAUAAACAGAGAGAAAUAUAAAAUACUAGAAUAAAAACUAAUAAGAGCAUGCAAGAAAUAUAUAAAGUAUAAAAGUAUAAAAAUAUAAAAGUAUAAAAGGUUAUGUACAAUGCUAUGUGCAAUAAGUAUAAAUUGAUUGUUUUUUAUGUCUGCGUUGUUUUGUCUAUUUAUGCACAGCACUUUGUUCAGCUGUGAUUGUUUUAAAGUGCUUUACAAAUAAAGUUGAGUUGAGUAUCAGAAGAGGUACCACAGGUUUUCAAACAAAUUCAACAUGUGGGCUGAUAAUGCUGCUAAAUAUGGAGGAUUUGCCCCAUAAAAUGUUCAGAGAAAGUCCAUCUAGUAGUUAGUGGCAUACUGCAGUCUCUGUCAGAAAUUAGGACCAGGUCAAGAUGUAAAUUAUCCACAUAUUCUUCAUCUAACAGGCAUAUUAGAGAGCUGUAAGGUAAAAAGAGCAUGAGAAAAAAAUGAGUGUACUGACCCGCUCACAUCUGUGUUUUUUUUCCUAAUAUCUUCACAGUUCACUCUAUGAAGCCCCUGGAGCUGCGAGGCGAUGCCCACGACAUGCACAAGCCAAUCAAAACAGAGCCUCGCCCUGAGCUAGCUCAUGACCUCCACAGCAGCCAUGAGAUGAAAUCAUCGGUCAUCAGGAUACCACACGAGUACGGGUGAGUUUCACUGCCUGCUGCACCUUCUCCCAAAACUGUGCGUGGAAGUGGCUGAUCGGGGGUUUUUGUUCUGUUAAGGUGCAAUCCCAAGACACAUGAUAGGUAUCAUUGGACUUUUUUCUAGACCAUCUCUGGUGUAUUUUAGGGUUUUGGUACUGAAACAAUGAACAGGGAGUUUUGAAAUGCAGUGGUUGUCAGACCUGCCGGGGCCAACAUCAUAAAUAAAGAGUAGUCUAAAGUAGCUUAAGUACUGUAUAUAGAUUGUACGAUAGAAAAGAAGUUUACUCAGACUCUAAAAGGCGGUUUUAUAACUGGCAGAGAUAACACAGGACCAGUAACACAACAACUGUCAUGUCUGAAACCUAAACUUGCGACCUGCUGACUUUACUCAGCGGGAGGUGUGUCAGAUUUCUACAUUCCAUCGUGGCGUCUUUUAUUCUGUCAUUCCUCAUCUUGACCAUCAGACACACCUCUUGUUACAACUCCUAACUGCGUUCGUUAUCAGCUUCCAGUCAGGCAUUUUUCUCUUCCUCUUCCUCCUCUCCUCCUCCCAUUUCUUUCUCCUCCUCUCCCUCCUUCAUUUCUCUGUACUUCCUGCACUUUUUAACACUUAUUGUUUAAGAGAUUUCUUCUCCUUCGUUCACCGGCCUUCUGGCCCCUUUUUCCCCUCGUGUCUUCCUCUUCCUCUUCCUCCUCUUCCUCCUCACCUCAUCUGUUGUGAACCUCAGAGGCUCUUCUUCUGCGAAGUAACAGCUUUUCCUGGUAGACAUUUGUAGUGCAGUUGUGUAUGUAAUUGUUAGAGAAUGUUGCCAGUAAGUUCUUGUCUGUGUGUGUGUGUGUGUGUGUGUGUGUGUGUGUGUGUGUGUGUGUGUGUGUGUGUGUGUGUGUGUGUGUGUGUGUGUGUGUGUGUGUGUGUGUCCAUUGUUGACAGCAGUUAUCAGGGUGGUUGCCAACCUUACAAAAUGGGUGUGUCUGUAUUUGUCAUCACCUCUCCUCUCAGAACACACUCACAGAGAACGAUUGUAAAUAUACUGUAUGUAGACGGUAAAUAGGUCAAGUUUGCUUUAGGAUGGAGUGUGUGAAGUGAAGAGCUGGCCUUCGUGUGUGUGUGUACGUGUGUAUUUGUGCGUGCGUGCGUGAGUGUGAUGUGGGGGUUUUCAGCACAUUCCUUUACGCAGAAGUGAUCUGUGAGGGAUUCAUAUUUCAACACUCGACACCUGCUCUCAACUGCCACUUACACUAAGCACACACAGACACACACAGACACACACACAGACACACACACGAACAAAGACACUCUCAGAUGAUAGUUAAAGAAAGACAGCUCCUCCUGGUUAUUUUACAAAAACACUUUAAAACACUCCUUUUUACAUAAAUCUCUCUUUUGAGUUUUUUAAUUCAUCGAUUUAAGGAUUUAUUGUAAGAUUUUUGCACAAAGCUUCUUCUCACACACACAGUCAUGAAAUCAAUCUGCUUGGGCUCAUUAAUGUAAUGGUAUCACUCUGGGAGAAGUGCUGCAAGUAUGCAGCUACUAUUUCACAUUUAUCAGCGUUUCGAGUUUGUUUUUCUUUCUAAUCUGCAUGACAGUGAUGUGUGCGCGCUUUCUAUUAAAUUCCACUAACCUCUGAGUGAAACGCUUCUGUGGUUUCGACAACGCUGGAGAGGCGUGGUAGAACUGGAAAACAGCAGGUGUUUUAACUUCCUGAGUGCUUGAAGCUGUUAUUGCACCGACAAGACUGUAACUGCGUUAAGCUUCGAUUUCAACAUCAUAAAGUGAAGUGACCUCUCGAUCGUAUUAGACAAAGACAGGUGAAGUAGCAGUGUUUCACUCCUCUUUAUAUACUUUUUUCUCUCUGUCUCUCUUUUAGGGGAAACAACCCGUCAGUAAUAGUUCACUCAGGCUCACAGCAUCCCCUCCCCUCCGACUCUCCUGACUCCAUGAAAAAGCGGCGAAUUCACCGGUGCGACUUCUCUGGCUGCAACAAAGUGUACACCAAGAGUUCCCACCUUAAAGCACACCGCAGGACACACACAGGUAAGGGUUUCAUUUCACACACAGACAUACUUUCAUUUUUAUUCAUCAUGCUCAUAGUGUUAAAAAAAAAAAUCUCAUUAUUUCUAUAUGCAGGCGAGAAACCCUACAAGUGCAUGUGGGAAGGCUGCACAUGGAAGUUCGCCCGCUCAGAUGAGCUCACAAGACACUUUCGCAAGCACACAGGAGUCAAACCGUUCCAGUGCCCGGACUGUGAACGCAGCUUCUCUCGGUCAGACCACCUGGCCCUGCACAAAAAGCGCCACCUAUUGGUGUGAAGCACCUCCACCGGGGUCACUUGAGAGGAACUCAGUGCUGGUUUCAGCAGAGGACUGUACCACUUUGACUUGAGGGGGGAGAUUUGAAAGAGCUGGCCUUACACGUCGGGAUGGUGUUCCUCAGGACGCGAGUUCAAGACCCUUUCACCUCAUUAGCCUGAGUGUGAGCUGGUAUCACUUAAGCUUUCUUAUCACACCGGGUGCCAGUUUCUGAUCUGUCAGCUCAUUUUCCUAUCAUCUGUGUAGAAAUAAGGUUGUCAAACCAGACAUGAGAUAGUAGACACUUUAAAAAGGAGGCUGCAGAAUCUCAGCUGGCCUGAGAGCGUCACCCUCUUGUGGCUGCAGAACCAAAGUGCAUGUACACCUGCACGAGGCAUGCUCAAGCUUCUUUUUUGCAACACCACCUCCCAUUUCUUUGCAUGCAUGCAAGUUAGAUUGUGGUCAUUAACACACAAACAUUCAUGUUAUUGCUAGCUAUGCCAAUAUAAUGUGAAACUGCAGAAUGUAUCAUAUCACACAUAGCUUUGUUUCAUCCGCUACCAGUCACAUAACGCUAACGCUAACCCUUCCCUUCAUGGACCGCCACAUUAAGAGCACCACACACCUCAUCUGCCUCUACAAGCUUAUUUCAUGAAGAUACAUUGGAAAACUGGUAGGCAUUGCUCGCUUUCUUUUGUACAUAAACGCACACUUUUAUCCGCACACUCGGCAGAAAACAUGCACUUAAUAGAAGCAGGUCAGCCUUGGUCUGGUGUGCUUUGGUAUUUUGGGUAAGAAAAAAAAGUGUGGGAGGGGGGAACGGGGUCUUCUUCAUUGUCAGAGUGAAGUGUUUUUUGUGUUUUCAUUCAGAAAUGUGAAAGUCGCUGCACAGGGGCAUUAUUGUGUUAGUGAGGAAAAGACACCACUCAGAUGGUUUAUGGGUAGAAGCAAUGAAAUAUAUAUUAUGUCUUAUAUCAAGUAAAUGUAUCUGUUUGAGUUAUUGUUUGGUUUGUGAUGUGACACCGUGGUAGCCUUUUUAGUUGUGUGACACUUUUAUAUAAGAAAAACACAAAGUGCAAAGCAGGGAAAUUCGCUCUUGAAUUUUUGUUUAUCCAGUGCAGAAGAGUUCAGGUGUAAUUCUCCUUCAAAAUAUCACAUUUGAAAUAAAAUACUCUAUUCCACUAUUUCUUCAUCUAAGGUCAUAAAAAAAAGAAGUAAAUUCACAUUUUUACGAUAUUUUUUCUCCGUUUGUGAAAGCCAUCACAAUUUUAGAGGACAACUCUCUGCUUUGACAGCAUCUGGAUAACAAUUUUUUUGUUUAAAGCGUCUUUGUACAUGUCUCAAUGUGCACUUUAUAAGAAACAUUCCCAAAGCCAAAGAUCUGCUGGUCGGUUUGAUCCAAAAACAUCUAACAGGGGUCUUAGUUUAUAACUCUGUCACCAUUCAAUUCCAGGUUUAGGCAUUUUUAUUUAGAUGUACUCACACAGACACACACGCACCCACAGCAUCAGACUCAAACACUCACACAUCGAAUGUAGCAGCUCAACUGAUCUGCAUUUACCCCUGGAUAUUCUUGGCGGAUUUUGCUUGUAAAUGUUUUUGUAUCUCUGCAAAUAUAUGUUGUAAUAUAUACACAUAUAUUUUAUAAGUGAUUAUUAGACUGAAAGGGCAAUUAAAGGUUUUUAUUAAGCAUGAUUUUGAUACUCUUUUAAUAAUGGAUAUUAUACAUUUCUAUCAUGUUUUUUAAUCUAAUGUUGGCAAUUCAAAGGGAACAUGUUAAACUGUGAACAUAUAACUGUACAGGUCUAUCAGCAAUGUUGCAUUUAUUUUAAAACAAAAUAUUCUUACCACUUAAUAAACUUAUUGAUAAUAUUUUCAAAA